AUGGUUAAAAUAGCUUGGGGACGUUGGGCAUUCUGGAGUAGCGUGAUCAUGGGAAGUGGAUAUGGAUUGAUGGUUGGACUCACGCCGAGCGACGAGGAGCUGUACAACAAGCUGUCGCCAGAUCUUAAGAGGAAAGUGGAUCACAAUAGAAAGGAGAGAGAGAAGAUGGAGGCCAUGUCAGCGAAAGAAAGAGCCGUGUAG